GAGGGGCCUCUCUGUUUCUCUUUCGUUCUCUUCUUCGCUGAUAAAGCAGCCAGUUUCCCUUAUUCUUCGGACGGGAAGCCUGCGCUGCAGCCCCGUCGGCCCCACUGCUGCGGUAAACGUAACCUUCUGCAGUCGCGGCUCGCUUCAGUUCUCCUUUUCGAUUGUGCCGUCUAUUUUCCCCAGGUUUCUUCUUGAUUCGCUCAAUCGCCAGUGAAUGGCACACCAGCUAGUUGGCUCGCUGACUUUUCUCGUGUUCUUGGCCAACAUUUACUGAGUUUCCUAGCGUUUAUUGGAGAAGAACCACUUGGCGCUCGCUAGCCGUCAGCCGGAACGCCAGUUUGCGAGGUGUCCAUACGCCGCAGAUCUGUAAAGAGCGUUUCUGGGUGCUUGUGUACUCCUCAUCACAAACUGAAGAGUACGCCUCCACACGUUUUUUGACUGUGGCUCGCCGCUGCCGUCCGUUCCCCGCAUCGGCGUUUAAACACCAGUUCCUUUGUCUUUCCCAGCAUUUCGUUAUUCCGCCAUGGGGGGACGGCCAGGUGAGGGGAAUCGAGGCUCCGGGGCUUCAUGUGGACCGUCAGUUCAGGGCUCGCUUCCCGGGAGAACGCUUCCGGCGGCGCGGCACGUGGAAAAAAAACGCAAGCAUUUGAUGGAAGAGCGGGAGGCGGAGCAGUUUUUCGGCGGUGUGUCUUCGCUGCAAGAUGCGGGCAAGCAUCCAUCCCUUUCUCUGCAGAAGGCGCGGCUUGUCCGGUCUUCUCUGUUUCGCAUGCAACUCGACAAACUCGCGAAAGCCGCUCGAGGGAACGUGCCUGCCAGGCUUUUUGUGGCCGGAGCCGACCGAGGCGGCUCGCGCAUGACUGGUGACGCGAAGACCGAUGAAGAGUGCAGCGACGCGGAUCCGACAGAGCUGCGACAGAAGCAGCGAAAGAAGCAACGUCAAGCCUCCAUGGGCGCGCGCGGCAGGGGAGAAGACUCUGAGGAAACAGAGGCGAUUGCAGCCUUCCUCGUGUACCUCCGACAGAUGCUGAGAGAGGCGCCGACGGACGAAGUCUCCUUCGAAAAGGAACCAGGCCGGAACAUUCAAAGCCGGCCCCUCACGCCGCUCCUUGCGUCUGUCUCCUCGACUUCCGCCUUCGCGUCUGUCUCUGCGGAUCUUGCUGGAUUCCGAUUCGAUGCCCCCACAGGCGUCAAAGUCGUAGGAAGUUUCCCCCUCGGACUCAUGAGCAGCUUCGACAAAAAUGUUGACGUCGCCGUCGAAAUGCCCGCCCACAUGUUCCAAAACAAAGAUUACUUGAACUACAGGUACCUUGCGAAGCGAAGCGCGUACGUCGAGCGUCUGUAUCGCCAUGUCCGGGCGUCUCUCUCAGCGCAUUUCCCCUCGUCUCUCUCUCACAAGUCGACGGCGGCCUGUCCUGAGACCGCGCGUCGUGUCGGCCUCCUCGCGCCGUUCUCUGUGCCGCGUGUGGCGCUUCAGCUGUGGCAGGGAGAGGCGGCGAAGCCCAUUCUGGUCAUUGGCUUCGCCUCUCGAGGCUCUCCUUCCACAGAAGACGCCAGUGCUCCUCAGACACCAAAACGCAUGCAGCUGUCGCCCCCCGAUCUGAGCGCGUGGACAGUGCGUCUGUUGUUCACGCCUGCGUCGCCGCUUUUCAAAGAGCACCUGCUCGCCCCGACGCGGAACUGCGUCCGAGCGCCCACCUUCUGUCUCCGCGACGAAGGCGUCUCCGCAGAGCAGGAGCAAAGCGAGGGCCUCCCGCCCACGCCGUACUACAACGGCCUGGUGUUGGAGGAUCUGCGCAUGCAGGUGCGACAAAAACGCAUGCACCAGUGCUGCCAGGAGUUCGGCGAGGCCUUCCGAGACGCCGUGCAAAUCCUCAAAGUCUGGGCUAGCCGCGGCGGCCGGAGUCUGUUCGCGCUGCCGCCUUCUCGGAAAGGGGUCGCGGAAAGCGGCGAAAGAAGAGCCGUCCCUGCAACGGGUGUGGACGGCGCGACGUUGGCGAUGCUUUGCGGGCAUGUCUGUGCGUCCCAUCGCGACGUAGCGUCGUCUGCGUCUGCUCACGACAUUUUCGUUUUGACUCUUUCCUUCCUCUCGACUGCGGAUUUCCUUAGUUCCUACUACGUCUUUGGCCACUCUCAGACCUUCCCUCGCGCCCGUCUCCAGGUUGCUCCUCGCUCCGAUGGCCCAGCCGUUUUGUCUCCCUCUGUCUCCUCCUCUGUCUCCUCCUCUGUCUCCUCAAGCAAGGACGAAGGGACCUUGGGGCGCCUGAGCCUCGCGUCGGGCGUGGUGGCCGAGGCUCUGCUGUUUGACGGUGACGACUGCAUCCACAACUUGCUCUGGCGCAUGCAGCUGCAUAUGGCUGAGCUGCAGCAGCUCGCGAGGAGCAGCUUGCGGGCUGUGGAGUCCCUGAAGGAUCCCUUCGACGCGUUGUUUGCCCCCGUGAGUGCCGCAUGUGCAGCCGAGAGAGAGCGACGGAGUGAAGGACAAGAAGCCCAUGCAGAGCAGAAAGAAAGAGGAACGGCGGCGCCUACGGGGAAGGCCGACGCCGAGACGGUGCAGCUGGGCCUUCUGCUAGAUAACGACUUUCAUGUGAACCUCCCGCAUAUCCCGACGCCUGCCGACAUUCGCGCCGCGCUUCACCCGGAGGCCUCAGUGCCUCUCCACGAUUACUUCUCAUACCGCGAGCGCCCUGAGCAGACUGUUGGGGGCGUGCCAGGCGACAAGGCGUCGUCCUCAGGGGUCUACGGCUUACCUGGCGAGGCCGCGGCCAAGGAAGUGAAACGCGACGCUGGAGUUUCGGAGAGAGACAUUCUCCGGGCUCUUGACGAGGGCGCCAAGUGGGAAUCGCCAUCGCUUCGACUCCUCGCUGCGUCGCUGCUUCGCGUGCUGGUACGCGCGCUAGGCGACCGAGUCCAGAGCAUUCAAAUGCGGUUCACCUACCCGACGUUUACUGCGCUCCGUGAGGCCUCGACGAGGAAAGAAGGCUCGAAGAAGAACGGUGGUGUAGACACACUUGAGGCAACGGUCUUCGGAAAUAUGCCCUUCACCUGGCAAGACGGAUUCGAAGAUGCAUUGCUGGACAACAAAGUGACGCCUGGACUGCUUCUUUCCUUGAGGCUGAACGGCGCCUCUGCGACGAGGACGCUGGACCGCGGCCCGCCGGCUGCCGUCGCAGGAGGCGUGGACGAGGCUGUCGAGAGUUUCAAAGCCUUCUGGGGUGCAGGGAAAGUCGAGCUCCGGCGUUUCCAAGAUGCUCAGAUUCUGAACACGGUCUUAUGGCGAGGCGCGGUCGUGUCUCCGGCGAGUCCCAGUCAUUUUUUCUCGCGAACUGCUUGCGCUACGACUGAGGGUGGACUCUCGCCGCCUCACGUGGAGAUCAUCAGCUACGCUCUCCGUCGGCACUUUCCAACUUUGUUUCUGCUUCGCGGCGAGGGCGCAGGGCCUGGUGAAGCGGAGACGCAGAACUCCGAAGCGCACGAGAAGCACGAGAGGCAUGCGAAGAAGGACGGAGGACAUUCAGAAACGGUUCCUCGACCUCCAGUUCUUUGCUGGCUGCAGGGUUCGCCUCUCACCAUUUCCGGAGGGGCGCCCGUGAAGGACCGCGAAGUUCACAAGGCUCUACUCCAGGCCUUCUCCGAGCUGAAAAACACAAUCUGCUCUCUCAGUGGAGUCCCGUUAACAGUGAAGCAAGCGAGAUCUACGAGUCCUGCUCUUCGUUACUUCGAUUUGCCAGUGAACAUCUCGCCUGUGCCUGCUUCAGCGGAGGCAGGGGCCGAGCACGGCAUGCGCACCGUUCACCCAGUAGUUCUCGAAUUCGAGAGUUCCUCAGGCUGGCCAGAAGACCCUCUCGCCAUCCGAAAAAUCAAAACUGCGUUUCUCCUUGCAAUGCAAUCCGAGCUUCUGUCUGACUAUGGCAUCAGCGGCACGGUCACGGAGGACUUCCUCGACGUCGAAGUGACGUCGUUUAUCUUUCGGCUUUCGAUUUUCCAUCCUGCAGACGUUCUCGCAGCGGGUGCUGUGUAUGCGGAGCCGACCAGUGAGCCGCUCGCGAGGCACCUGAAAGGACUGCCUGAGCGUCUGGUGGGCCUUGGCUCUCACGCGGGUGAUUCUCUGAGAGCCGCGAACGGUUCUGCGCGGGGUUUGUGCAACGCAGAUUCGCUCUCUGGAGAGCAAGAGGCGAGCGACAAGGACAACAAGGUCGCCGAAAUCGUCUCACUUCUCACGGCGGACGACGAAGACGGCAGCGCCGCGAGGAAGAACGGUCUUGACUUUCUAGGUCUGGCCCUUCUUUCGGGGGUAGAGAGUGACGCUAAGAGACUCAUGAAGCAAGAAAUGCAGAGCCUUCAACAGCUGCGACACCUCUGGUGGGAGCCGCAAAUCGCGGGCGUUUUGCAAGCAUGCGCGAUGCGCUUUCCGGCGUUCGGAGGCUCUGUGUGGCUGGUCUGGCGGUGGCUCGGCGAAAUGCAACUCCCGGGUCUCUUCCGAGUUGCAGAGCACCUGACGGCGACAGUCUUCGUAGACCAUCGGCGUCACGGCUUUGCUGCGCCCCCGCAAUCCCCCCAGGUCGCCUUUUUGAGGUUCCUGCACCUCGUCGCCAAUUUUGAGUGGCGUUCUCGACCUCUUCGUGUGUGCUUUGAUGUUGACACCCCGUUGAACGCGGAGCAAGAAAGGCUCUCUGAUGCCUCGUUUGAUCGUUUUCGGCUAUACCCGACAAUCCACACCGUGUUCGAUCCUCACGGGUUCCUCAUCCCGACGCCAGAGCCCGCCACAUUUGACCGAUUCGUUCAGAAUGCGCGAUCGGCGCUGCUGAAACUCAGUGGCACACUCAGUCGGCCGUCAACAACCGCCGAUGUAUGGAGAGAAGUUUUUACACCAGACUUGCGGUCAUUCGACAUUGUUCUUUCGCUUGUCGAUCCUCUGAGGGCGCACGCAGGUGCGGCGAGCAAAAAGGUAUCUCACAAGCGUUAUGCAAAUGUGGAGUCUAUCCACACAACGGACAACGCGAUGUCGCUAUGCGGCCUCGAGAUGCCCGCAUGCAGACGGCGGUAUCUUUUUCUCCGACUUAUCAGCCAGCUUCGGGAAGCGUACUCUGAUGCUCUUAUUCUGGCUUACAAUCCCGUGGCGGCGUCUUUAAUGGCGGGGGGCAUGCCGGCUUUUCUUGCUCUAAAAAUCCGCCCGGGUCCUCUGAUCAUGCGCCGCGCGGAUCCCGCAGUUCUGUUGCCUCUCUGUGGCAUUCAGACGAAUGAUGGUGGCUCCGAUAGCGAGGAAGAGCAUACCGACGCCGAAGAGUGUGUGAAACGAAAGAAUCCCAAGCAGAGCUGCUCUUUUGAACUGACUGUAAAUCCAGUUCUACUGGUCAGCUCUCUGAUGUCCAUGGCUCACGGUCUAGUUGAGUCUGUGCACGUCCUGACUUGAUCAGGUGUUUCGUACCGAGCACAAUGGGGGCAGAACAUGCAGUGGAGUCUAUUUUCCCAACUAAGCUAAUAUCGAAAAAAUUGGGCAUCUGGUCUUGUUUAUUCUGUCUGCUUGCCCCCUCCCUCUGAUUUGAUGGUGGAUGUCUUCCACGUUCAGUCUCAAUGCUGAAUUAGGUUUUCAGCGGUUUCUAUGUGGCAAAAACCUGCUCUGAUCCCUGUAAUUCUUCGGCUCG